CCUGCGCCUUCGUCAUCAUCCGUACACACGGCGGCGACAGGAGCUCCUGUAUCGGCAGGGACGGGUCUCCCACCGCUAUUCUCUGUCUGUGCGGAGGAAAAACACUGACAGAGAAGAAAGACGACCGCGAAUUUCCUCCACGAAGCUCCCUCUGGAAACUCCGAUGGAUUAAUUUGAUUUUUCUGCGACAGUAGAGAAUGGGCUGUGUCCAAUGUAAGGAUAAAGAAGCAGCAAAACUCACUGAUGACCGGGAGACCAGCCUUUCGCACAACUCGGGCUACCGCUAUGGGUCCGACCCCACUCCGCAGCACUACCCCAGCUUUGGGGUCACCACCAUUCCCAACUACAACAACUUCCACAGCGCAGCCUCGCAGGGAGUCACUGUGUUCGGAGGAGUCCACACGUCCUCGCAGUCUGGGACCCUUCGGUCUCGGGGAGGCACAGGGGUGACUCUCUUUGUGGCCCUUUAUGAUUAUGAAGCCAGGACCGAGGAUGACCUCAGCUUCAGAAAAGGGGAGAGGUUCCAGAUCCUCAACAGCACCGAGGGAGACUGGUGGGAGGCUCGUUCUCUCACUACAGGUGGAACUGGAUACAUUCCCAGCAAUUACGUAGCUCCCGUGGACUCCAUCCAAGCCGAGGACUGGUAUUUUGGUAAAUUGGGUCGAAAGGACGCAGAGAGGCAACUGCUCUCCAACAGCAACGCCAGAGGCACUUUCCUGAUCCGUGAGAGCGAAACAACUAAAGGAGCCUACUCUCUCUCCAUCCAGGACUGGGAUGACGUGAAGGGAGAUCACGUUAAACACUAUAAAAUCCGCAAACUGGAUAAUGGAGGCUACUACAUCACCACCAGAGCCCAGUUUGAGACACUCCAGCAGCUAGUGCAGCACUACUCGGCCAGGGCUGCAGGCCUGUGCUGCAGACUGAUCGUGCCGUGCCACAAAGGCAUGCCUCGUCUGACCGACCUGUCUGUCAAAACCAAAGACGUGUGGGAGAUCCCGCGGGAGUCGCUGCAGCUUAUUAAACGCCUCGGCAAUGGCCAGUUUGGAGAAGUCUGGAUGGGUACGUGGAAUGGCACCACCAAGGUGGCAGUGAAGACUCUUAAGCCCGGCACGAUGUCACCUGAGUCCUUCCUGGAGGAAGCUCAGAUAAUGAAGAAGCUCCGACACGAUAAGCUGGUGCAGCUCUAUGCUGUGGUGUCCGAGGAACCCAUCUAUAUAGUCACAGAGUACAUGAGCAAAGGGAGUUUGCUUGAUUUCCUGAAGGACGGCGAAGGUCGAGGCCUCAAACUGCCAAAUCUAGUGGACAUGGCGGCUCAGGUGGCGGCGGGCAUGGCUUAUAUCGAGAGGAUGAACUACAUCCACAGAGACCUAAGAUCUGCCAACAUCCUAGUCGGAGACAGCCUGGUGUGCAAGAUUGCUGACUUUGGUCUGGCUAGACUCAUCGAGGACAACGAAUACACAGCAAGACAAGGUGCGAAGUUUCCCAUAAAGUGGACCGCUCCUGAGGCUGCCCUCUACGGGAAAUUCACCAUCAAGUCAGACGUGUGGUCAUUUGGUAUCCUGCUGACAGAGCUGGUGACCAAGGGCAGAGUGCCCUAUCCAGGCAUGAACAACCGUGAGGUGCUGGAGCAAGUGGAGCGAGGCUACCGGAUGCCGUGCCCCCAGGACUGCCCCUCGUCCCUGCAUGAGCUAAUGCUACAGUGCUGGAAGAAAGACCCAGAGGAGAGGCCCACCUUUGAGUACUUGCAAGCCUUUUUGGAGGACUACUUCACUGCCACUGAGCCUCAGUAUCAGCCAGGGGAUAACCUCUGAGCGCCGCGGCCCUCGUCUCAUGUCGUUUCACCAAAAUUCCACCAGAGGGAGCCAGACACCACGCGUUCUUUCUCAUUCUGCGGCUCUAAUGGUUUUAAAAGCUGGCAGACUCGCUUUCCAACCUUCAGACGUCAUACAAACAGGACAGAGGGGUGCAAACACAGCAACGUGACUAUCAGAAUUAGAAGUGACUGUCAUGGAUGAACGACAUGAGUUCUGUUGCGUAACGUGUAUGUAAUGUAAAUACAAAUUGCUUGUUUACUUAUUAUCUUUUUUCUGUUUU